ACCCCACCAGUCCGAAAAGAAAUCCAUUGUGGGAAGCGGCCAAAAGACAUGACUCCUGAUGAGUAUCGCGAGCACAGGAGGCUACAAAGAGCAGAAUCGAGAGGGAGAGAGUCGGCUCAAAAGAAAAGGUGGAUCAGGGAGAAAAAGAGACAAAAGAUAAAGGCCAAGCGGGAUGCAGAGAGGGGCAUGACCUCUCAUCCACAGGCUAUUUCUACACCUGUUCCACCCUCUCCACAGUGUGAUGGUCCCUGCCCUCCCAUCCAGACUCCUCCACAGCUUGGAGCCCAGGCUCUGCCUAAUGCCCCACCGUCUCCACCUGCAGUUCCCGGACCUUCAACAGCUCCUGACCCCUCUACUCCUCCCCGAAAUUUGGCACGCAAGACUCUUUAUAACAUAAAGAGCAAAAUAAAGAAACUGCUUCGCCUGCCAACGCCUUCGGAGAGUGCUGGACUGGUGGAGGGCCUGGCAAACCCAAAAACACCAGAAUUUAAGAAAGCCCUAAGGAAGCGGAACUUUCUCAAGUCGCCGCAGAAGAAGGCCCGCAGAAUACUGUUCGGCAAAAAGUUAGUUUUUUCCUUUACCCAUUUAAUUAUAGUAUGUACCAAUUUUGAGAAAAAAAGAUAGAAGAAUAAAAGACAUUGCACCA